UGGGCGCAGGCGGCACUUCUCCUGCUGCUGCUCGGGGCGCCCCCAAGGGGCCUGGCACUGCCGCCUAUCCGCUAUUCCCAUGCGGGCAUCUGCCCCAACGACAUGAACCCCAACCUCUGGGUGGAUGCCCAGAGCACCUGCAAGCGGGAGUGUGAGACGGACCAGGAGUGCGAGACCUAUGAGAAGUGUUGCCCCAACGUGUGCGGGACCAAGAGCUGUGUGGCCGCCCGGUACAUGGACGUGAAAGGGAAGAAGGGCCCGGUGGGCAUGCCCAAGGAGGCCACCUGCGAUCACUUCAUGUGUCUGCAGCAGGGCUCCGAGUGUGACAUCUGGGACGGCCAGCCCGUGUGUAAGUGCAAAGAUCGUUGUGAGAAGGAGCCCAGCUUCACGUGCGCCUCCGACGGCCUCACCUAUUAUAACCGCUGCUACAUGGAUGCCGAGGCCUGCUCGAAGGGCAUCACGCUGGCCGUCGUCACUUGCCGCUACCACUUCACGUGGCCCAACACCAGUCCCCCGCCGCCCGAGACCACCGUGCACCCUACCACGGCCUCCCCGGAGACGCCGGGGCUGGAUAUGGCGGCCCCGGCUCUGCUCCACCACCCUGUGCACCAGUCGGUCACCGUGGGUGAGACCGUGAGCUUCCUGUGUGAUGUGGUGGGCCGGCCCCGGCCCGAGAUCACCUGGGAGAAGCAGCUGGAAGAUCGUGAGAAUGUGGUCAUGCGGCCCAACCACGUGCGCGGCAACGUGGUGGUCACCAACAUCGCCCAGCUGGUCAUCUACAACGCCCAGCCCCAGGACGCUGGCAUCUACACCUGCACGGCCCGGAACGCCGCCGGGGUCCUGCGCGCCGACUUCCCGCUGUCCGUGGUCAGGGGCGGUCAGGCGGUGGCCACCUUGGAGAGCACCCCCAACGGCACGGCCUUCCCCGCGGCCGAGUGCCUGGAGCCCCCCGACAGUGAGGACUGCGGCGAGGAGCAGACCCGUUGGCACUUCGAUGCGCAGGCCAACAACUGCCUCACCUUCACCUUUGGCCACUGCCACCGCAACCGGAACCACUUCGAGACCUACGAGGCCUGCAUGCUGGCCUGCAUGAGCGGGCCACUGGCCGUGUGCAGCCUGCCCGCCCUGCAGGGGCCCUGCAGAGCCUACGCGCCCCGCUGGGCCUACAACAGCCAGGCCGGCCAGUGCCAGUCCUUCAUCUACGGCGGAUGCGACGGCAACGGCAACAACUUCGAGAGCCGCGAGGCCUGCGAGGAGUCCUGCCCCUUCCCUCGGGGGACCCAGCGCUGCCGGGCCUGCAAGCCGCGGCAGAAGCUCGUCACCAGCUUCUGUCGGAGCGACUUCGUCAUCCUGGGCCGCGUGUCCGAGCUGACCGAGGAGCCCGACGCGGGGCGGGCCCUGGUGACCGUGGACGAGGUCCUCAAGGAUGACAAGAUGGGCCUCAAGUUCCUGGGCCAGGAGCCGCUGGAGGUCACCCUGCUCCACGUGGACUGGAGCUGCCCCUGCCCCAACGUGACGGCGGGCGAGACGCCACUCAUCAUCAUGGGCGAGGUGGACGGCGGCAUGGCCGUGCUGCGGCCGGAGAGCUUCGUGGGAGCGUCCAGCAGCCGGCGGGUCAGGAAGCUGCGUGAGGUCCUGCACAAGAAGACCUGCGACGUCCUCAAGGAGUUUCUGGGCUUGCGCUGA